CCCCACCAGGGUCACCAUUUCUCUGUCCAUUCUCCAUUGGCUCACGCCGUGACCCCCGCCUUUGGAGAUCUCGCAGCCGCCGUCGACCCCCGCCGCCGCCGCCUCCCCAGUUCCGGCUUCCCCGAUGGCGCGGCUGCACUGGCUGGAGGCCAUCCUGCCGCUCGGCAUCAUCGGCGGCAUGCUCUGCAUCAUGGGCAACGCCCAGUACUUCAUCCACAAGGCCGCUCACGGCAGGCCGAAGCACAUCGGGAACGACAUGUGGGACGUCGCCAUGGAGCGCCGCGACAAGAAGCUCAUGGAGCAGUCCUCCGGCAACUAGGGGCCACACGAGCAGCAGCCAAGACUUUAGCUGCAAUGUCAGCAUUGUGGGCGAUAGGAAAUUCCUCGCUUCCACUACCAGCAGAUCGACCAGUACAUUCACCAGUAGAUGCAGAGGCAGUCGAGCUAGCCAUUGGAUCUGAGAAGAAGAAUCAGACAAGGAGCACAAGGGAAGACUGAGAUGUGAGAACUGAGAAGCAGAGAAGGGAAGGAACAGAGAGGAGGGAACAGGGAAGACUCACCGCACAGAGGGGAAGGCAUGCAGCCGACCGCGGCGCGUGGUGGCAGCAGGAAGGAGGAGCUGCAGCGAGAGGCGCCUCCACCUCUGAGCUCCCCGUCCCCGGAGAGGGAGAGGAAGGGGAAGCCGCCGCGCGGGGACCCUCCGCCGCAGCUCCGGCGGGCUCGAGGAGGGAGGAGGGGGCACCGGCCAAGGCAAGAGGUGGCGCUGUCGGAUUCGGCCGAGGAGGGAGGAGGGCGAGGGCGGCGAGGGUGCCCGGCACCGGCGUGUUGCGCUGCUGUGGCGGCUCGUUCGGGAGUAGGGAGGGGCACGGUUGGAUAGAGCAGUCAUAUACGAAGCGAACGAGUGGUUUAGGGUAGGUGUCGGGAAGGUACCGGGGAAGUAUCCGAGUUUUUUUUAUUAUUUAAAAAAUCGUAUUUUCGUCGGAUACGUAUCCGAGAAGUAUACAUAUCCGAUACGGGUACGUGAGUUUUGCGAAGUGUUUCAUAGUUGCUCAGUGCCAAUUGCCUAAUCGCAACUUAUUUGGUCAUCCCAAUGGAGAUGGGAAAGUCCAAUUUAUUUUCACUCCAGUAGUCUACUCGUUUAAGUGAAUCGAGGUAGGCAACUAUCUGCUAGGAACGGAGAACCACCCUCCUGACAGAUUCUAACGAAUGUCCAAAACUACAAUUUCUUAGCAACAAUUAGCAGUCUCUUCACGCGGUAUCAACUCAUCGUGUUAUAGAGUUAAGUCCAUACCUAUAAUCAGCUUGUGCCUGCUUUCAACUUUGUAAUCUCUUACUCUACCUCAAUACUGCUGUUCAAAGUGAGGAUCAAACCUUCUAAUCAUGGAUAACGCUCUUGUAAAUAAUUGCAACUGUUGUUUUUAA